AUGUCCACUCUCUCCUCCUCGCCGUCGACUACCGCCACCCUCGCGGCGCAAGCUGUCGCCUUCUCGGCGUCAGUCCCGAGGUACCGUGGUCUCCUCACCAACGCGGAAGGGAAGCUGGAGGAGCUAAGGCAGAGGGCCCCCUCGCUCGCUUUCGACUCGAAGGACGCCAAGGAGCUCGCUGUCACCGCUAUCACGCACAGCAGUCUCUCGCCGACUCGCAACAACACGGAACUUGCGAGAGUUCGCGAGGCGUGCUCAAAGGCGGUUGCGACCAAGGCACUUUUCCUCUCGCCUGGACUGCACACCGGCCUCCAGUACAACCGCGCGAUAGCGAUUAACUUCUCCUCCAAGGUUCUCGCGCCUAUUGCAAGGAAGAUCAAGCUCGAGGAGGUCAUCCGCACGGCGCCGAACAACCCGUUCAUGUCGGACGACAUGCUCGCGAAAGCGUUGUUGGCGUUGCUCGGGGCGCUUGAACUUGCAAGCGGCAGCGAAGCGCUCCUCCAGGCCCUCAAGGACCUCGAGAUUGUCAAGCUGCCGAAGCCGCUUGAGGAAGGGCUGGACGACUCGCAGCUCGACGACAAAGCUCCGACGUGA